AUGUCUCGUGAAGCCUACCAGGUGCCCUCGAUGGGCGGCCAGAAUGCCUUUUCCAACGAGGGCGGCGGUAUGACCGUCGACAGCCCCGCGGUCACCUACAUCUGCGGUCACUGCUCGUCGCGCGUGGCUCUCCGACGCAGUGAGCAUAUUCGCUGCAAGGAGUGCGGUCAUCGUGUCCUGUACAAGGAGCGAACUAAGCGUAUGGUUCAGUUUGAAGCUCGUUAA